AUGUACUCAAGACGCUCAUCAUGCAACUCUCCUGGCACAUCAAACAAAAGUAUUCUAUACUGGAAAUCAACAUUCAGCUCAACUGGCCUCUCACCCACCAAAAUGAAUGUCAGAUUCACUGAGUCUACAAAGGACAAUGAGCACAAACACUCUCUUACCAAGACUCCAUCUAGAAAAUCUCCAUUCCUGAAUGACUGCAGCCCAGGUAACCAGAAGAAUAAAUAUGUCACUGGAAAGAACAUCACUGGAAGUACAAUGAAGUGUCAAGCUCCACGAAACUCUGCUAGUACCCCCUCCAAGUUUGUAAAUCAUACUGCAGAACCAAGCAGCACCAAGAACCCAAUAUUUGAUCUGCAAGCAAGUCUGUGAAGGCCCCUUAAUUAUCAGCCUUACAGAGGAAAACUGAAACCUUGGGGUAAAUCAAAGGAAAUCCAGAGUGCAUGUUCCCACAAGAGAGAUCUUAAACAGCCACUUCUCCAGAACAGAGAAGAGAGGCAGUGAAAACAUACACAGGGAAGAAAACAGAGAAAAGACAAAAUGCUUGGAAUGUGGAGGAAACUGACUGUUUAA